AUUUUCAUUCAAAGCCUGUCCUAUCUCUGUGUCGUCAACAUCUACAAAAUUGAAAAAUCCCAGAAAAAUACUUUCUCGAUAUGGAUAUAACUCGAAAGCUGCUGGCGCCCACCUGGCGUCCUCUAAUGCAGGCUGCUACCCGUUUGUAUUGUGAUAGUUCAGUGCGCGCCCUGAUCAAUUUUCCCCUGACCAAGUUGGAGGCAGGAAAGAACAAAUAUGUGCUGUCCCAUGUCUAUAUCCAUGGCAUGAUGGGCAGUGCCAAGCAGGUGAUACGCAGCAGUCCCAGAGCCAAGUACCAUCUGCAUGUCUAUGAUAAACUCCAGAAGGAGGCAGCCGGCUUGGGCUUGUGCACCCAGGGCCUCGGCGGCGGCUAUCUCGUUUAUGAUCCGCAAAAGAAGUACAUUAAGCUCUAUGGCAAAUCGGGGGUUCUGGGAAAGGCCGAUCAUGACAAGGCCAAAGAUAUUUUGCGUAAGGUGCAUCCAGACUUUAAAAUCGAUGCAGAGUCGGGGGGUAUGAAGCCUUAGGGCAUAUGCAUUGAAUAGAAUUUCCAAAUUUAUUGUCUCAACAUAAGCUUUAUAUUCCAAUUAAAACACACAAUUUUGAUUCUGGGACUGGUUAAA